GGUGCAAAGUUCAGGGUUUCACGCACACGUGUUAUUGUUGUUUAUGGUGUUUUUAUCCUAACCCAUAAAAAUUAAACAAGUUGCUCCAAUUUAAAUUUUGCAAGAAAAAUAAGUUAAAUCUAAUUUCUACCGACAAAAUAUUCUUUGUCUGAAAGCUUCAAAGAGAAUUGUGACGUGAAAGAAAGAAAUAUCGAGUCAAAGAAAGGAUAUAAAAAUUACUCGAAGCAUUUGAAGUCUUACCAAACAUAGCUCAAAACCUGACUUGUGAGACGUUUUGAAUCCUUUGUUCUGAUGAUAUUACCGCUUCUUUCUAAAGGUAUCAAACUUUUAGUUAAAACAUUAGUUCAACAAUUGCGAGUCCUUCCAGUCAAGAUUGCUUUUAAUCUUAAUAAGAUGAUUUCUGAUGAAACUUUCCCUAUUCAUUUAAACGACGACAACAGUUACGAUGACAGGAAUACAUUCACAGAUGCUUUUGAUCUUUCAAACUUCUCAUCAGAUUUUUGUGUAAGCAACGCCACAAACUUAAGCAGCAAUCCAUCUUCAAGUCAAUGUGGCCAUCCUGAAUUCUCAUUCGCAUCGACUGAAAAGAGUAAAAAGAAAAUAAUUCUUCCUCCUCCUGAAAAAAUAAAAACGAAAAAAUCAAUUUCUUGCCAUGAUCUUCAACUACCAAAGAAAAAGUACGACCAUGUAGAAAGCAAGGUUAAAAAAAUAAUUCAAAGCAUGAAAGAUGACGAUAAGCGGAGGAAACUUUCUCGUCACAAAUCCAUGCCGAUUGCAAAUAUUCCAUCUUCGACUGACACAACACAUCAUCAUGUAAUGAAGGAAAAUUAUGAUGACAGUGAUUUAAUCAUGGAACUUGAAAAGAAAAACAUCAAAAUUCUGGAGUUGGAAGAAAGCUGUCAUGAGAAAGAAGAACGAAUUUAUUCAUUAGAAAUGGACAGAGCAAGAAUGAAAAUGGUUUUUGAUGAGCUGAGAUUAGAAAUGCAAGAAUUGAAGGAGCGUGAAAAAAGUUAUAAUCAACAACAAACACUUUCAUCUUCACGUAAAUUUCUUAUUAAUGGGCCACUUAAAAGUUAUAGAAGUCAAGAGAUUGCUUCUGAAAGUCAAUUAGUACAUCAUUUCACUAAUAAGUGUGAUAUAUCGGCAAUAUCAAAUCAAACUGACUUUAUUGAUCCCAACAAUGCAUCAUCCGAUAAUUUGAUUCCAUUGCCCGAAACUUCAGUCGAAGAUGUCAGUGUUGAUAUAACUCCCGACAUCACAGAAAAUCAAGAUAAACGAGGCUCAUCUAAUGAGGAAAAUUCUGAAAGUGAACCAAAGAAAACAAAAAAAUUUCGAAGAUUCUUUAAGCUUGUUUCAUGCGUUUCAAAAUAAUCAAAAUAUUUGACUUAAGUUGAUGUCAAUGGUUAAUCCACUAAUUCUAUUAAUUAAAUAAAUCAGUAGAUCGAGCUAAGGAUCGAUUUUUUAUCAAAAUAUCAUUGAAGAGUUUUCAUUGAUUUCAAUCCCUUGAGCUGAUAACAAUAUUUAUGAUGUGACACGAUGGCUGAAUAAAAAAUUAAAGAUUCUUCUACAACUGAGCUUUAUUGCUGUUGACAAAAUCAUUUUCCCUCAAGGGAAACAAGAAAACAUAAAAUAACUCACGAAUGCGACCUUUUUCACUUAAAAUCAGUCGCUUUAUGAGUUUCGUUUUUUAUUGACGUGAAAGAAAAUUUUUAUUUCGAUCUGAUAUUGCUGCACGAAAUCAUGUCUUGGGAGGGAAGUGCGAAACAAAUAAAUACAUUGUAAAACAUUUACAUUUCGCGAUAGAAUUGAAAUCGAUAAAUGAAGAAUAAAAGAAGCUUUUCAAAAAUUUUCUCUUCAU